GUCAUGGGUCUUGUUGCAUCUGUAAUGUCGCGCUGGCCUUCCACCAAAUAUUAUUCUUAUGGAUAUGGUUUCAUAAAUGCAUUGUUUCUCAUUGUUAUAGCGUUUUUUAUCUUUCUGGAAGCACUUGAGCGAUUGUACGAUCCACCGGAUGUGAGCACUGAUAAAUUGAUGAUAGUGGCAGUUGCUGGUCUGAUAGUGAAUAUUUUUGGUAUGUUUGCAUUUCACGGUGCAACUCAUGCACAUUCUCAUGAUGGUCACUCUUCUCAUGGUCAUUCCCAUGGCGAUACCGCUGCUGCUCACUCGCAUUCACACUCACAUCAUGGGCACAGUCACGGUGGAGCUAAUGCUAAUAUGCAAGUAUUUUGGAUGGAAAUGGGUGGACCCACUGUGUUCGCUGAUCCUCUCGAUGCUCAUCCUUGGUUCGGUGAUUCCAUUGCUGAAAGAAUCAAUGGCAAGUUUGAUGCAAAAUAUGCCACCUCAUCUGGAAGAAGAAUUUGA